GCCUGCCGGGGAUGCCCAUGCCGGCUGGGUGAGGUCAGUUCCGGGGUGGAGCAGGCCGGAGUGCUGCAGUGAGGGACAAACAAAAGAAGGCAAAGCUCCGCGGACCGGACCGGGAAGGCGCCGCCAGGGAAGCUGCUCCCAUGGCUCCUGGGGAAUGUGUCCCUUCAGCACCCGCUCAGCAUCCAUCUCUCGGAGGCAACAUCCGUCGGCAGCACAGAGGCCUGAAGUGCAGAUAGCAGCAGCCAGCCACAGGGUGAGCCAUGAUUCCAGUCACAGAACUACGUUAUUUUGCCGACACCCAGCCAGCGUACCGCAUCCUGAAGCCAUGGUGGGACGUCUUUACGGAUUACAUCUCUAUAGUGAUGCUGAUGAUUGCAGUCUUUGGAGGGACGCUGCAGGUCACCCAGGACAAAAUGAUUUGCUUGCCUUGCAAAUGGGUUACCAAAGAUGCUUGCAACGACUCUUCCAGAGACUGGACACCUGCGAGCCCAGAUUCAAGUUACUAUAAUUCUUCUGUAGUGCCACCUCCAGUCGCUGGGCCAACAGGGAUCAAAUAUGACCUCGACAGGCAUCAGUAUAACUAUGUGGAUGCCGUGUGCUAUGAAAAUCGCCUUCACUGGUUUGCCAAGUACUUCCCUUACCUGGUGCUUCUCCACACUCUUAUCUUUUUGGCUUGCAGCAACUUCUGGUUCAAGUUUCCAAGGACCAGCUCCAAACUGGAGCAUUUUGUCUCCAUCCUGCUAAAGUGCUUUGAUUCGCCUUGGACUACAAGGGCUCUGUCCGAGACUGUGGUGGAGGAGAGCGAUCCCAAGCCGGCCUUUGGGAAAAUGAACGGUUCCAUGGACAAGAAAUCCUCCACAGUCAGCGAGGACGUGGAAGCCACAGCUCCGAUGCUGCAGAGGACGAAAUCUCGGAUCGAGCAGGGGAUUGUGGACCGGACGGAGAACGGGGUUUUGGACAAGAAAGAGGGCGAGCAGGCCAAAGCCCUGUUUGAGAAGGUCAAAAAGUUCCGCACGCAUGUGGAAGAAGGAGACAUAGUUUACCGCCUCUACAUGAGGCAAACCAUCAUAAAGGUGAUAAAAUUCAUUCUCAUCAUUUGCUACACCGUCUAUUAUGUCAAUAGCAUCACCUUCGACGUCAACUGCAAAGUGGACAUCGAGAGCCUGACUGGUUACCGCAUGUACCGUUGCGCUCACCCUCUGGCUACUCUCUUCAAGAUCCUGGCUUCUUUCUACAUCAGCCUGGUGAUCUUCUACGGUCUGAUUUGCAUGUACACACUCUGGUGGAUGCUCCGGCGGUCCCUCAAGAAGUACUCCUUCGAGUCCAUCCGAGAAGAGAGCAGCUACAGCGACAUCCCGGAUGUCAAAAACGACUUCGCUUUCAUGCUGCAUCUCAUCGACCAAUAUGACCCCCUCUAUUCCAAGCGCUUUGCUGUCUUCCUCUCAGAAGUCAGUGAGAACAAGUUAAGGCAGCUGAACCUCAACAACGAAUGGACCUUGGAAAAACUGCGCCAAAGGAUCACCAAGAACUCCCAGGACAAGCUGGAGCUCCAUCUCUUUAUGCUCAGCGGCAUCCCAGACACCGUCUUUGACCUCAUCGAGCUGGAAGUCUUAAAGCUGGAGCUGAUUCCCGACGUCACCAUCCCGCCUAGCAUCGCCCAGCUCACCAGCCUCAAGGAAUUGUGGCUGUACCACACGGCGGCCAAAAUUGAGGCCCCAGCCCUUGCCUUCUUAAGGGAGAACUUAAAAUCCUUGCACAUCAAAUUCACAGACAUCAAGGAGAUACCACUGUGGAUCUAUAGCUUAAAGACUUUAGAGGAGCUCCAUCUGACGGGCAACCUGAGCGCGGAAAACAACCGCUAUAUCGUCAUCGACGGCCUUCGAGAACUGAAGAGGCUCAAGGUGCUGCGGCUGAAGAGCAACCUGACCAAGCUGCCCCAGGUGGUGACGGACGUGGGCGUGCACCUUCAGAAGCUCUCCAUCAACAACGAGGGCACCAAGCUCAUUGUCCUCAACAGCCUCAAGAAGAUGGUCAACCUGACUGAGCUGGAGCUCAUCCGCUGCGACUUGGAACGCAUCCCUCACUCCAUCUUCAGCCUCCACAACCUCCAAGAGAUCGACCUCAAGGACAAUAACCUCAAGACCAUCGAAGAGAUCAUCAGUUUCCAGCACUUGCACCGUCUCACUUGCCUUAAGCUGUGGUACAACCAUAUCGCCUACAUCCCCAUGCAGAUCGGCAACCUCACCAACCUGGAGCGCCUUUACCUGAACCGCAACAAGAUCGAGAAGAUUCCCACCCAGCUCUUCUAUUGCCGGAAGCUUCGAUACCUGGAUCUCAGCCACAAUCUCUUGACUUCCAUACCUGCGGACAUCGGGCUGCUGCAGAACCUGCAAAAUCUAGCUGUGACGGCCAACAGGAUCGAGAGCCUCCCGCCUGAGCUCUUCCAGUGCAGGAAGCUUCGGACUUUGCACCUGGGGAACAACGUGUUGCAGUCUCUGCCUUCCCGGGUGGGAGAGCUGACGAGCCUGUCCCAGAUCGAACUGCGGGGAAACCGCCUGGAGUGCCUGCCCGUGGAGCUGGGCGACUGCCCCUUGCUGAAGCGCAGCGGGCUGGUGGUGGAGGAGGACCUCUUCAACACCUUGCCCCUGGAGGUCAAGGAGAGGCUGUGGAGAGCAGACAAGGAACAAGCCUGAAAGGGAAACCAGGGAAAGACAAGCACCUCCCACGAAAGAGCCAUGGGAACCACAGGCCUUCUCAUUCCUGGGCUCUUCUUCCUCCCUCCCGUCCAACCCAGCAAAAAGGAAACCUCCCAGCCGAAACCAGACUCGGACCAAGGAGAGCCCUAGAAAAGGGUUAGCGGUGGGUUUGCAGUGAGGCUGCCUUUGCUCCCUUGGAAUGCAGGAUGUGGGCAGGGAGGGCGGUCUGGGGUCAGGGAAGGCUCCCCAGAGGAGAGGGGGAGCAGGCACCCGUGGAGGCUGCCCUUCCUGGGAUGGGAAGUUGGAUGUUGUUGCAGCCAAGGAACGGAACUGUUGCUAGCGCGGCAUCGAAGAAGGGAACGGCCUUGAGAUCAAAGUGGGAGGGAGGGAAAGAGAGAGAGAGAGAGCUGUUCUAAUCCGGUUUAAGCUGCCUGCUGCUGUGUCAUCCCUGCUAGAACUCUGACCAGGAAUCCAGCCAUUUCCAUGCUGUCUGUUCCAAGGUUCAACCUUCAACGCUACACAGCCCCACCAGCUUGGUUGCACACUCACUCGACCGAUAUCUCAUGCAUUAAGUCUUUUGCAGGAGCCGAGAGGAAAACAAAUCUUGGUUUUGUGCGUGUGUUUGUUUGUUUUUUAAAUUAUGCUGGCAUUCCCUCCCUGCAAAUCAUGAAUUUUACUCCUAGUCACUACGUUAAAAACAGGGUUGUUUUUUAAAAAAUGAAAAAUGUUUCUUAAAAGCUUUCCCUCCCUCUCGUGCUAUUCCUGAGGCUAAUUUUAUCCUCCAAACCUGCGUCUUUUGAUGCGUAUCCUACAGACACAACUGGACAGGAUGAUUUUAUUGUUACUUUUUGUGUAGCAGCUCCAGUGUGUUAAAAGUGGGCUGCAUUUCCGUGGAAUCUGAAAUACGAAGGGUGCCGAUCUGCACUCUUUAAUUUGAGAAGCAGCCUGUUCGGCUGAAAGGCAUUUUGAAGGGUUUUAUUUUUAUUUUUAGUAUGAUUUUUAAAAGUCCUUCCUUUUGGUCUUCUUUCUUGAGUAUUAAAGGCACGGUGACCUGUUCAAAAUGUCUUUUUGCAAUAGGAGUCAUGUGUGUUGGCAAUCCCAGCACUCAAAAAUGAACGCAGAUUUUGUCUUAUGUUUCCUUCAGGACCAUCUCCUGUGUUGAGAUGCCGCCAGCAUCUUCCAACAGUUUCAAACUGUCUUGCUGCCCCCCCCCCCCCCCCCGCUUCUGUGUCGCACUGUAUUAUUUCUAUAGCAGCUGGUCUGUUAUCGCUGGCUCACAUGUAGGCAAAUAAUUCUUAGCUGUCGUUUGUCGGAGUAGUUCCAGCAACGAGGGAUGGUUGCCGAUGUAUAGAGCAGGGGUGGCCAACGGUUGCUCUCCAGAUGUUUUUUUGCCUACAACUCCCAUCAGCCCCAGCUAGCAUGGCCAAUGGCUGGGGCUGUUGGGAGUUGUAGGCAAAAAAACAUCUGGAGAGCUACCGUUGGCCACCCCUGGUAUAGAGGAUAGAGCUGAGCUGCUUUCCUCAGUCCCUCUUAAUUCUUCAGUGUUAAAAGGGUAUAGAAAGCCCUUUCACUCCACGGGCUUUUUAUCUUUCCGUCGCAGGCAUUCCUAGGGAAGUUGAACAAAUGCGCCUCGAAACCAGUAGAGUUUGCACUACAGUCUUACCUGUCCAGUGAACAUGAAAUGACUAACCGCUACCAAUCCUGUCCCAAAACAGAUGGGAAAACCAUUGUAUACAGUUGCAACUAGUAAUCGCUCUAUUCCGUUAAAGACUGAGGUCCAGGGAAGCAGCCGGGUUUUCUUUGAGGUGAAGUGAUGCCUUGGAGGAAGAUAGGAGGAAUUGCAGCAAUCCACGUUUUGGAAAGCUUUCGGUUGCUUGUUAGCUGCCAGAACAAGGUUCAGCUUUGGUAAACGAAUGUGUUUUGGUAACGUUCCGGCCCCCCAUUUUUAAAUGGUUCUGGCAGUGAAAAGGGAGGAGGGGAAAGAAAUACCGCUAUAGCAUCCCUUUCUUCUGCGUCAGAUGUUCUCGGAGAAAGACACACACAUACUUAGCAUUGCUGAAAACCCUGACCCGAAACAAAACCUGUUAACCGGGCUCUGGUAUUGUCAAUGUUUAAAUAAAGCUACGUGGAAAUCCCAA